CCAUAUUUGUUGUCAUUUGUAUAGAAAAAUCAACAAGCUUACAAAUCAAAUACACAAAAAUGUCUACAAAAAGCAACGCAAUUGACGCCCGCCAAGAACUGGCAGAAUUGGUAAAACGCAAAGCUGAAAUUGGAGAAACUUUGGCCAAUUUAGAGAAACAAAUUUACGCUUUUGAAGGUUCAUAUUUAGAGGAUACGCAACUUUACGGCAAUAUUAUUAGAGGCUGGGACAGAUACUUGUCCAGUAACAAGACUACAAACUCAAAAGCUGACAAAAGAAAUCGAAAGUUUAAAGAGGCUGAAAGACUGUUUUCAAAGUCUUCUAUUACUUCUAUGGCAGCUGUUAGUGGAAUAGUAGACCAAAAUCAGGAAAAAAUAGAUAGAAACAGUGAUACAGAGUCUCAAACGAACGAAGACUCAAGUGAUACUAAUUUAGCUCCAGUUAUCGGCCAGAAUGAUAACAUCAAAAUAACCGGAAAACACACAACAUCCAACGGAACGCCGAACGGGAUCGAUAGGGGCAGUCCCGCUCGUGAUAUCAUUAAACAGAAGUCCUUUACGGCGUCCACCAAGAAAAACACCAACAAAAAGACGAAACAUAGAUAAUUGUCGAGUAUGUCCUGGAUUAUGACUCCAAACGCGUUUAGGGUUUGAAUUUGUUAUAAUUGUAGCGCAUAGUUAGUUAAUAUUUGGUGUUUUUCUUUGAAGUUAUAAUUCAUGGACUCAAUGUUUAUGUAAUAUAAUGUAUAAUUAGUUUGUAAGGACAAAGAAUAAUUUAAUAAAUGUAUAUAAUCCUUGAUAAAAGUACAAAUAAAUUAUUUGUAAAGA